UAUUUUAGUUGUCACGUACGAGUAAGAAGCCCUUUCAGUCAGCCCUUCGUUGAAUCGCUGCAAAAUGAAAUGCUGAAUGAAAAUAUUGGUGAUCCAGUCUUCGUCUCUGGGCCAAAAAUCAGUUGAAUUAUUCGAUUAAGAAUCGAUCAAGAUCGUGGCGUGAAGGUGUAUUAUACACGAUCCUCGGAUCUCUACGCCAAUGGCACACGUUCUUUCGGUUUGAUCGGCAUGGCUGCCGCGGCACUCGCGAACAGAUCGCGUCGCGCCGCAGGUAGAGUCAGUUUGAUUCGUGAGCGGCGUCGUUGCGGAGUCGAGAGGCUCUAGGGACGCGAUCAAUUUCACCUGAAAGAUGCGCGAGAUCGGUUCCCCAAAUUCGGGUCAAUGAUCCAGCCAGACGAACUUGUCAGUUCUCUCUCCCGAGUCGCGAAUCAGUGAAAAGUGAUCGAGAAACCGAUUGACAGUAGUGUAAUAACGUCUGGCGUUAAGGCGGAGGGAGGAGAGUCGUGAUGAGUUUGGAGGCGAUGUUGGAGUUGCCUAAUACGGCUGAACCGAUCGAGGCCGAUAGAUUCCGAGCGUUUUUCGAAAUUCACGUCGGCGACGGUUCGCCAGCCGCCGCGUUCGGUGCAUUCCCAAUCGGUGUAUCGCCGUGGUCGUUCUAAAAACCUGUGCCGGUUAAUUAUCCGACUCGAGAGAAAGUCGAUGGCUGCUUUGCGUGCUCCGACCGGUCAACAGACACCAAGCGCGCCGAUUCUGACUUGAAUGAAACUUUCAAGCCUGGUGUUUUCCACCCGAUGCGAUCAGCCGUGCCGUCUAAAUUUAGAAUUUUUCACGCUCGAUAUUUUCUAGCUUCGAUUCUAUCGUAGAAUCGCGCGUGUAUUACGUGUGAUACUGGUGGGAAAAAAGAAGAGGAGAAGGAGGAGGACUAUUGCAAAUAUUCGAGGAAUAUUGUGCAUGCAACAUCUGCGAUUGUUUUCACAUCGUGUUUACCGAUCGACGCCAGAUAUGAAGACGUCGACGGAUCACCGCAUAAAAGAAUAACAGAUGCGCGUUUGCACGAAUGACAGAUGCGUACUCGCAUAGAUGCGAUCGGUCGUACAACCGUUCGAUAGAUGUCAUCGAAGGAACUGACUGUCAAAGUGUUUCGAUUUACCGUGGCUCGGUUCGAGCACAUCGAACCACGUAUCGGCAAGUCGAAUGCAAUUCCGUUGACAUUACACUAUAUCGUAGACCAAUGGUAGCGCGAUGUUUGCCAGAUUGACCAUCGUUGUUGCGGCGCUAUGCCUGUGGAACGGAGUCGGAAGUCAGUUCAGUGACAAUACACCGCCGGUAAUGUGGAUAGACCGAAAUUUGGUGCUUCUGGAUACAGAGCCGGUAGGAAGUAUGGUGACUAGGGCCCGUGCCAAGGACAAUGAACAGGAUCAGCUAACCUAUGGCCUGGAACCUCUUGGGCACAACUACAACGGGAACGACAGCCCGCAACCGCCGCUCCCUUUCUUCAUCGACAAUAGAACCGGCAUUAUCUACGUCAACGAAACGCUCAAAGACAAGGGAGGGCAGGACCUGUUCCUUUACGUGACCGUGUCUGACGGUCAGCUCACGACAAAGACCGAGGUCUACGUUGCUAUUCAGAACACCUCGGAUCCGAAGGAACCCGACUGGACCAGGAACCCGGUGAGCUCCGCUGGCAGAAGGAGACCACCGUUGUUGCCCGGCGUCGUUCCUGGACAGGGACUGUUUCGAAAAUUGGGGAUACCACCGUCGCCGGUAGCCGUGCCGCCGAGCAUACCGAAAACGACGAGGCUGCAGCCCGAGGAGGCGAAACAGGCGGAGGCUGACGCCAGUCCGGCGACCACCGGUGUUCCGCAACAGUCCACGGAGGAGAACGAGGUCGAGGGGCCAGCACUCAGCUCGAAAAUUGCACCUGCCGAGGCACCGCCUUCCCAAGAUAUAGCGAUCACCUUGGUACCUGUCACCGCGGUCUGCGUGCUGCUCGUGGGCCUUGGCAUGGGCGCCUGGUCCCUCAGAAAUAAAUUCUGCAGGAACCGCAAGUCCAAGGAAGACACGAAAGAGCAAGCUUCGGUCAGCGUUUCGAAUAUAUCGGAUGAUCCAUCUCUUGUUCUGAAAAGAUGGCGAGGUCCGAAAGCGCACAACAAUCGAUACGAGCCCUGGGAAAAAGAAAAUCAAGGUGCGCAGAAUAAACAAGAAGAUAAAUGGGAAUUUCCACGGCAUCGAUUAAAGGUUUUCAACAUCCUCGGCGAGGGUUGCUUCGGUCAAGUGUGGAAGUGCGAGGCCUUGGACAUCGACGGGAAAUCAGGCGCAACGAUCGUGGCGGUGAAGACGUUGAAGGAGAACGCGACGGAGAGAGAACGGCUGGACCUGGCGCAGGAGUUACGAGUGAUGAAAAAUUUGGAUCCCCACCCGAACGUGGUCAGGCUGUUGGGUUGCUGUACAGAACGCGAGCCUAUGUUCGUGAUUUUGGAAUACGUGAGCGGCGGGAAAUUGCAAAGCUUUCUAAGAGCAUCCAGAGAGGAAAGAAAUCAUGGCGCGCCCGGACUAACGUCCAGGGAUCUAACUGGAUUCGUUUAUCAGAUAGCCAAAGGUAUGGAGUACUUGGCAUCGAAAGGAAUUAUACAUAGAGAUCUAGCUGCGAGGAACAUAUUGAUCGACGAGAAUCGCGCUUGCAAAGUCGCCGACUUCGGAUUCGCCAGAGACGUGGCCGCUAAUCAAAUAUACGAAAGGAAGUCCGAGGGUCGGCUACCCAUCAGAUGGAUGGCUCCGGAGAGCCUCUACGAUAACAUCUUCUCCGUGAAAUCGGAUAUAUGGAGUUUCGGGGUAUUAAUAUGGGAGAUCGUGACCCUGGGCUCCACACCUUAUCCUGGCUUAGCAGCCGCAGAGGUAAUGAGGAGGAUCAAAGAGGGCUACAGGCUGGACAGGCCAGAGCACUGCAAGAGAGAGCUUUAUAACAUUAUGUAUUAUUGCUGGGACAAAGAUCCAGCGUGUAGGCCAUCGUUUGGAGAACUGGUCAGCCUGGCGGAGGGCCUUUUACUCGACGAAACCGAUUACAUCGAAUUAGAUAGGUUCCCAGACCAUUCGUAUUACAAUGUGCUCAAUCUCAGCGGCGAGAAGUUGUAAAUGAUAGUACUUAAACUGCAGCGAGUAUCGUGGUUCUGUAAUUGUCAGUAAUUCCCUCGGAUGGCAGUUGAAAGCGUUGCGCAGCUUUAAUGUGACAUGUAUUUGGAAAUGUCACUCAUCAAAGUAAUUUGACUUCUCUUUCUGCCUUUUCGUUCCGACACGACUGAUUUGUGUAUGUUCAUGCAAUUUCAUAAGCGUUUCAGUUUGUAAAUAUACAGAAUGAUUUAUUCCUCCUUUUUUGCUAUUAUUGAUGUUUGACUUAUGAGUUUAAUUAGUUGUUCGCUACCAGCUUGCUUUGAAAUUCUAUUCAUCGAGGAUUUGUCUAAACUAUGCCGAGCUGUAUAUAAUGUUAAUAAACGAACGUUCUAGACACGUUUUACAUGUUGAACGAAUUGCAAGUCAUGAACUAGUCAGAGUUCAAAGCAAAUUAUAUUCGCGUUUAAUUCCCUCUCGCAAACAGACUACUCAAAAAGAAACAGCAUGAAAUUCAAUAGUUUUUCGAAGUUUGAAGAGAACGAUACGUAUGAAUUAAGGAACAAUUACUCAAAUAGCGAAAAUUUUUUACAUGUACCGAUGCGAAUUGUAAAUAUGUAUUAAGUAAGAUUUUCGAUAAGUUAUUGUGUAAUUAUUAUUAUUAUUAUUAUUUUUUUUUUUUUGUAAGAAUAAACCACACUUUACUACAGUUUA